UUCUGUUUGAGGUGUGCUAGCCACGCCCCCACGCCACAGAGCGUUGAGUGCACCCGCCGGCGGGUUAGACUAGAAGAAGAGAACGAGAGAGAAAUAGAGCGAGUGAGCGUGAGCGUGCAUAGCGACAAAAGCUAAAUGCUAUGAAAUUGUGUACAUUAAGCCAAGGCAAGAGAAAUUCGCCCCGAAAAAAAGAAAAACACGUGUGUGACGCAUGAGAGACAAAGAAGAGAAAGUGUUAGAGAAAGAGGGAGAAUACAAUUUAAAAUAAAUAAUAUUAUCAAUGUAAAAUCGUAUGUACUAUAUAAAACAAAACAAAAAUGAAAAGCUAACAAAAACCAAAAAACGAGCAAAAAAACAAAUACCAGUAAUAAAUACAUUUACAUAGAUGUUGCAAAACAAAGAUCGAAUGGAAUAUGGAACAUGGAACAUGGAAGAGAACAAAAUUUGUGUGACAUUUGAAACAUUUUUCACAACUCGUUCGUUCUGAAAACAAAUCCCAGCAGCCUUCUGUUCUAAUGUUGCUGGACGCCAUCAUUUGGUUACCCACACUUUUCACGUACAUUGUGUUUCUGUUGAUCCUCAUCAUAUUGUUCUUCAUCGUUGCCUAUGUCAGCCACAAGAUCUACAUCUCCAUCUAUGACAAUCUACCGCUGCCAGCUGCCCCGCUCUCCCGCUCCUCCAUCGCAAGUCGUUCCCGCUCGACGAUCGCCUUACGCUCCCGCACCACGAUCAAUGCUCGCGAAACGUCGCGUGGCGAUCACAUGAGUCUCAGCGCCAGUUCUCGCUCCAUUUGGAUACAGAAUCGUUCGGCCAUCUACGAAGCAUCAACGGUGGUGCGCGUUACACUGACGUUGGAGCCGUGCUAUUUGGUCAGCAUUGGACUCGAUAUUCUGCCGCACUCGGAGCAUCGUGCCGUCAGCUUCUUGUGCAACUGCCAGGAUAAGGUGGCCAAAUGUGCGGCGACUGCCGAACGUGACAUCGACUCGUUGCGCAUAUUGCGCUACUACGAUCAGCUGUCGAAGGUGCCGCGUCUGAAGUUGUUGUUGCGCUGCUGCGAACGCAAGAACAUGCAUCUGGUGCUCGACGAUGUCAUCAAGGAUGUGAUGGAGAAUCGUGGCAUAGACAAUACGACGGCGUGUCGAGCGCCCACACGACGCACGAGGCUGACCGAAGUGCGUAGUUCGGAGACUAGCGAGAGGCACGACAUAGACAGACAGAAUGAGAUGGAGCGAGGUGGACCGUAAACCCAAGACAGA